AUGACCCGACACCAUUUAUCCUACUGCGACUGCGAGCGGUGCCACCCUUCCAACGAAGUGCUGGAAUUUCUCGUGGAUGAGCAUAUCCAGGAACCGCUAGACGCAGAGACUUUAUAUUCCCGGCGCAAGAAGCAGGAGCUCCGUGUGAUAAUAGAAUUGUGCGUAUGGCUACGAGCAGACUCUCAACCUACUCUUCAAUUUGGACGAUCCGCCCCCACGGAUGAAGCGCUCACAGUCGUGCGAAAUAUAUUGAAUCGAUUCGAAAAUCAUGGAGAUUUCUUCACACAUCCGGAAAUCCAGAUCAUAUUUUACUGGCGAGAUUGCAAAGCCAAGGCUGGAGAUCCUAUAUGUCCAGUGCUAUCACUGAUGAUUGCCGGUAUUUUGACGCCUUAUGCGGUGGACGAAGAACUUCGGACCCGAGCUACGAAAGCACUUCGCGGUAAACGUCGCGAUAUUGAUCAAAAACGAACCUCCGAGCUUCAUCAAGUGGUACGACUCCUAGUUGCAAAUGACGCCGCAAAACGAAUGUCCGCGGCCCUGGUCCAAGGGACUCUUUUCAUCUACGAGCCUUCGAAUCAUGCAACCGCGCAAUUACCUUCCUCCGGACCACCUACCUCUGUCCCAUUAUCUAUUGAGAAUUCCGAUGGGAACCCUUGUCAUUAUGAGCCGAACGUCAUCGAGACACAUGGUCCUCCAGCUCAGAAUAAUGCGAUGGAGAUCCGAUCGGUGGAGGUGCGAAUGCGGCAGCUUGAACACGAUAACCGUCUCCUCCGAGACAAGAUGGGACGUUUGCGAGAUGAACAAGCCCGUCUGCAAGAGAAGCAGCAUCUUUUGGAACAGGAACUCAUCUAUUUGAGGGAAGAUAGCCGAUGUGCUAAACAAUGCCUGAGAGACACGCUGGAGAUUCUUAGGAAACCAUGGCCCGGCAAUGGCGCACAGUGGUAA